AUGCAGACCUUCCGCUACGACUAUCUUCCCACAGAAAUCUCGACAACACAUGUCGCGCUUUACGCCGAUGUACAGAACUCUGCUGCCCUGAGAAGCCGCAUCGUGCGCGCAAGCCAACUGGAAGGCGCCGAGGGUGACGCCGAGCGCGAAGCCGUGAACUUUGCAUUCAUCGAAGCUCGUCUCAUAUGCAGUAUUCUACACCUUCAGACGGCCGUCUACCAAGCCCUUCUCGCGCAGGCACAGGGAGCGCUCCGCACGAAGACAGUGCACUCCGAGAUCCUCUGGGCUCUGAACCCGACAAAUAAUAUCACCGAGGCCAUCCGACGCUAUGGUGUUGCAGACGCGACUAAGUCUCUGAUAGUGGUCCGGAUAUGCUCGCCAGACCUGGAUCGUGAGGACGUCAAGGGGCAGAUGCAGAAGGUGGUCGAGGGCACACUCGUCUCGCUUGAGGAACUGUCAAAUAUAACGGACUGGGCAAGCAUCAAGAAGUACUACAAGCUAAAUGGAGAAGCAGCGGUGAAGGCGGCCGCGAAGGAUGCCGCACGAGAACGAGCGAUUGUGAACGAAAUCGUUACGAGCUCCGUGGCGAUGAAGAGUGUGAUGGGUUGAGCAGCCGUUGCUGUCCUACCCAACCCUCCUCCAGCACAAUCCAGGCGGAGGUAGGCCAUACAAAAAGCGUAUAGCGGAUAAUGCGCGUUUUUUAUGUUGUAGAAGUACCCCAGAGCUAUGUACGCUAGCGUUGUAAAAUAC